AUGAAUCAAAAUGCUCAAUAUGGUAACACAUACAAUCCGAACUGGAGGAAGCAUCCUAACUUCUCUUGGGGUGGAAAUCAGAACAUCAAGCCUCAAGCGAAUUAUAAUCAUCCACCUCAACCUCCACAACAAUCAGAAGAGAGUUUGACUGACAUGAUUAAAAAGCUCUUGCUAGACAAUCAGAAAGUUAUGGCUGAGAAUCAACAAUUGCGCACAGAGUUCAGAAAUCCAGAGAGGCAGUUUGGAAAAAUGGCUAACAAUCAGAAUAUUAGACAUGUUGGUGCUCUCCCAAGUGAUACAGAGAAAAAUUCUCAACUCAAUGCAGUGACUUUGAGAAAUGGGAGAGAGUUAGCAGAGGUGCCUAAGAAAAAAAAGGAGCAGUCUGGGCUCGAAGAAGAAAGAGUGCCAAAACCUGUAGAGGUAGAUGAGAGAAACAAAAUAGAGUAUGAGCAAAUAUCGGAGAGGGUGCCACCUCAUUUUCCUCAAAGACUGAGAAAUAAAAAUGAUGACCAUAUGUUUCACAAAUUUUUAGAUAUGCUGAAGCAGAUACACUUGAACAUCCCUUUGGUGGACAUGCUCCGUGAGGUCCCAAAAUAUGCAAAAUAUAUUAAGGAUAUAUUGGCAAAUAAGAGGAGGUUAACUGAAUUUGAGACCGGCGCACUUACUGGGGAGUGCACUUCCAGGAUUCAACAUAAGCUUCAACAAAAGCUUAAGGAUCCGGGUAGUUUUACCAUCCCCGUGAGGAUUGGUGAAAUUAAUGUGGGUAGAGCCUUGUGUGAUUUGGGUGCAAGUAUCAAUUUGAUGUUGUUGUCAGUGUUCAAACAAUUGAGAUUAGGAGCUUCGAGACCCACCACGGUGCUGCUUCAGUUAGCUGACAUAUCUUAUGUUUAUCCUGAUGGGGUAAUUGAGGACGUCUUGCUGCAGAUUGGGAAGUUUAUUUUCCCUGUAGAUUUUAUCAUCCUGGACUACGAGGAUGAUGAGUUAGUUCUUAUCAUCUUGGAACGACCUCUUUUGGCCACUGGAGAUGCCAUUAUCAAAGUCCGAGAAGGUAAGAUGAUCCUGAGGGUGGACAAUGAAGAAGCGGUCUUCAAUGUAUAUCGAGCCAUUCAGUUGCCUCAUCAUUACGAGGACCUGGCCAUGAUUUAUGUGGUGAAGAUAAAUGAACCAGUCUUAGAGCCAAGUGCAUUUAAAAAAGAUGCACUAGAAAAGGAAUUGAUGUUGUUCAAUCACUUGGAACCGAAAGAGGAGGUUGUGGAGAUGUUGCAAAUUUUGGAUGCAUCUUGUGAAUCAUAA